CGUUCAGACCCGGUCCCCGUCAGACCAGCACCGUUCAGACCCGGUCCCCGUCAGACCAUCAUGCAGUCCUUCGUCCUCUCUCUGUCUCUGGUUCCGGUUCUGUUGAUCCUCUCUGCGGUCCCGGUGCUCUCGGUCCGGGUCUCUGCAGGUCCGGGCUGCGGGCCGUGUGACCCGGCUCAGUGCGCUCCUCUCCCGGAGGAGGGCUGCGGGUCCGGGUCCGUCCCGGACGCGUGCGGCUGCUGCGCGGUGUGCGCGGCGGCGGAGCGGCAGCUGUGCGGCGGACGCCGCGCCGCCGCACGCCGCUGCGGCUCCGGGAUGGAGUGCGUCAGAAGCGACGCGGACAAGAAGAACAAGAUGGGAGUCUGCGUCUGUAAGAGCGACUACGAGGUCUGCGGCACCGACGGACGCACCUACCGGAGCGGAUGCGCACUCAAGAGCGCCAGCAUGACCGCAGAGAAGGAGGGCAGGGAACCAAUCAGCGUACAGAACAAGGGCCGCUGUGCCACAGCUCCAGUCAUUGUCACUCCUCCAGGUGAGGUCUACAAUGUGAGCGGCUCUCAGGUGUACCUGAGCUGUGAGGCAGUGGGGGUGCCCACACCUGUCCUAACCUGGAAGAAGGUCCUCAGUGGGAAGAAGAGGAUGGAGCUUCUUCCUGGAGACAGAGACAACCUGGCGAUUCAAACGAGAGGAGGACCAGAGAAACAUGAAGUGACCGGCUGGGUGCUGAUCUCUCCUCUGACCAAAGAAGAAGAAGGAUCGUACGAGUGUCACGCCACCAACUCCAAAGGAGAAGCCUCAGCUGUCGGAGCCAUUUACCUGGUCGAGUCCAGCGAUGACAUCGUCAAGAAAGUGGCGAAGGAAGAUGAGCUGUGAGCAGCUGAUCACCGAUGAGUGAAGAUGAUUUUAUAAAGUUCCAGUGAAGUCAUAUGAUUUUCACUCUUCAUGUCUAUCUUUUCAUCUAGUUCUGAAUUAAGAGAACACAUUUUGAUUUUAGGUCUAAAUUUAGACUUUCUUAUCUUUUCUUUUUGCAUUCAUAGUCUUAGUUUAACUUUUUUUGUUUUAACAGUUUAUAUUAUUGUAAUGAUUUAUUUUAUUUUUCUGAGUCAAACUGAAAUCAAUUAGAAUUUUAAUUUGCAAAGAUAUUACACUGAUCACAGUCAGAUAUUAAGUGUAGGUGACUGAUGCAUCACUAGUGCAAAUUAAAUCAGUUACAUACAGAUUUUCAUCUGUAGAGAUAUUUUCAGAUUAGUUCGUAAAAUUGUUUAAAAUUGUUCUCCUAACAAGACUUAUCUUUUAUCUCUCUGAGCUUCACCGUUUGUUGUUGGAAACUGAAAUAAUUUUUAAUUUUUUCUCUGAAUAAAAAAUAAUUUCUUCA